CCGGGGAGAGUCUGCAAGGGUUGUCUCGCCAGGGUGGUCGGCAUGGGGACGGCACAGCGCCGCCAGCAUGAGCCUGCCCCGGACCAUGUUCAGGACACAUUCAAGGUCCGCUCCCCUGUGUAUCGGUACCUGGUUGUCGGCCAGAAGGUCGACAAGAAGGGGGUCAUAAUGGUCCGUUGCACGUUUUGCAACGAAGUUUUCCAAGGGACCCUGUUUCAGGCCACAAGGCACUUCACACAAACGAACUACUGUAAGGACGUCAGUGACGAGGCAUUGUACGAGAUCGCGCAAAGGACUCAACAAAAUUUCGAGGCCGAUCAGAUGGAGAGGGUUGCCAGGUAUGCAACGGAGCGCGGACUCGAUGUGCCCGGCACGGGUGGUGCAAGGGGAGGAGAGGCGGGGCGGCGUCUGGUGGAGGGAGGGGUCGGGGGAGAUGGUGGGCAUGGUGCGCCAGACCAACGGUUGGGGUGUGGAGGCGGUGACACAGAGGAGGGCGUGAUCCUCGUCCAUCGAGAGGUGUGUGGCCCGGGCAAGGAGGGAGUUCCGGAACACGAUGACGUGCCAGAGUUGUAUCCAGGCAUUGGGGAGAGGAUGGAGGACUGGCAGACACGAGCAGGCAAAGGACCUGCAACGGAGGGGUCUUCCAAGAGGAAGGAAGGAGGAACUGAUCCGGCUGCCACCCCAGCAGGAAAGAGGUUUCGCCAGCAGAAGGUAACUGAGGUCUACGGUGGCAAGCUGUUGGCCCUGCAGGACACUUUGCACGACAUGAUGCGAGGGGAUGACGCGCGGGCAUUUGCUUUCAUCCCGUGGUCCGCCGAUGUGAGCAUCAUGGCGUGUUGGGUGCGCCGACAGAUCAGAUGGGAUCCAUGGUGGCAGAGGGUGGCCACCAUUGUCCAUAUCAUGCAGCCCGUCAUGGACUUGCUUAGGCAGAUGGAUCGUGGAGAACAGUACAUGUCCCUCAUGAUCGAGUGGACACAGGAUCUUUUCCGCCGUGUCACGGACGCAUGCGCUCCUUUGGGGAAGUCGUUCGCCGACCGGAUCAUCAAGCGUGUGCAGGCUUGCACACAGCACAUGCUUGGCUCACUGCGCAGGACUCCACGCAAGCGGGGAGUGCCUCCUCGUCCACGCCCCGUGCCUGCAGAGGGAGGCGCUGCACUUGGAGAGAGUUCGGGGGCGGAGGGGUUGAGGAUGCCUCGUGGAUCCCGCCGUGAGCAGACGGUUGCAGAGGCUUGUGCGAGGGUUGUUGUGUUGAGGAAGGGAGGAGGCCUUGUCACCAUCGAGGAGGAUGAUCCUGAUAUGGAUGCGGCAGUGCGGGAGGAGGACGAGGACUAUGAGGGCGAGGAGGAGGGAGAGGAGGAGAGCAAGAGCGGUUCCGAUGAUGGUCAAGUGUAUGGUCAAGAUAAUGUUGCGGUUGAGACACAUGGUCGGAGAGCGACUGCAGGAUCAUCACGCUCCGAUGUGCCGAUGCACAUCAAUGAAGCAGAUGAUCUAGAUGUUUUAUAUGAUCAUGACCUCUAUGCUGAUGAUGAUUCCAGAAUCCACAAGUACAUUGAAGAUUGUGAACAGUAUGCGUAUACCAUGGCAAGGGAGAUGCAUGAUAUGGAACAGCAUAGGCAUCAAUCGAAUGCUGUCGUGCGGUAUGGUGUGGUGGGUAAGGUUCCAAAUGAUCAUGCCUUGAGGGAAGUAUUUGGUAGGUUUGUUACGGACAACCAAGGACUUCGUUGGACUCAGGAUGAGUUAUUGGAUAUGUUGAAGAAGAAGGAGGUGGCAGUGGAUGCUGUUAAGAGUGCGUUGGCCAACAUUGAGGUUAACGCAAAGUCAGUGAUGGAAAAAUUCGUUCAAGAGGCACAAAACGAUGAGGUGAGAGAUUCCUCUGUGCCCGAUACUGCGCGUGUCCAAGAAGAGCCAAAAGUUAAUAUGGACAUUGAGAUGCGGGUUCGUUCUCGGAUGAGGUCGAAGAUUCGAGAUGAUUUGAUUGGCGACUCCCGAAUUCCGUAUAAGUAUGACACUCGUGCUAAGAGGAAAGCAAUGACAACCGUCAAUAUCACUGGACAAGAUACGAAUGUUGGAUCAAAAGUUGGAGCCCAACGUUCUGAGAGGUCAAAGAAAAGUGAAAAUGAUGAAAGGUCAGUGAAUCUUGGAAGUGAAUGUGCUCGGGACGAUCAUCGUGCUAUUAGUGAUGUUGAUCGUGGAUGUUCCCAAGUGAAUACCUUUGAUGGUGCUGAAAAGAUGGUUGUGGAGGGGGAUGGUGAUCAUUAUUGUGGUGAUGGGGAUGGUUCGUGUGGAGCUCGGUCGGGUAAGCCCUUGAAGCUUACAUUUGCUGAUGACGAGGAUGAUGACGUUACGGGUGAUUCAAAAGAAGACUGCGUUCAUUUUACAUUCAAGAGAAGAAAGAGACGUGGUGCGACCGAUAUGCUCGAGGCUACGUUGGCUGAUAAUCAUGUGGCACGACAACCCAUUGUUAAUGAAACGGCAACUCAGAUUGCAAGAGCACUGUGUGAGUUGCCUGCUGAUGCACUUGCAUCUCUUCCGUUUGCUUGCUGGACGUGGACGUGUUAAUGAUUCGUCUUCGCAAUCUCAACGCAGUGGACGCGAAAGACAUAUUUGCGGCACAUCGC